GAACACUAUAAUAUACUGUAUUAUAUACUGUAACACCCGUGUACAAUGAAACUGCUCGUUUUGACCCUCUUCUCAGUUACCCUGGCGGCCGCGUCAAACAAGGCCCAGGAUGGAGUAACCGACGAAAGCGGGAACAGAUACGGCAUAUACGAGACCAACUACAGGGGCGCCUACAAGCCCAUCGUGGAGUACGUCCCUGAGCGGAGGCACCCAGUCGAGUACGCCCCUGAGCGGAGGCACCCAGUCGAGUACGCCCCUGAGCGGAAGCACCCAGUCGAGUACGCCCCUGAGAGGCACCCAGUCGAGUACGCCCCUGAGAGGAUAGUGCACCCCGAACCGAGGUCGAAAAUCAUCGAGGAGAUUGUACUAAACUACGCUCCGGAAAAUUAUGGUUACCGCAACCAGCACCCUGGUUACUAUGGUUACGAGGGGGUAACCAGGUACCCCAACUACGAGUACAGGAGGUACGGCAGGGAGGGCCUGGGUUUCGACAGGAGGACGGCCUACGCCCUAGGCCUCCGCUACCCUGUCACCCCUAAGAUAUUGGAGUCUGUCUACAGGCCUGUCUCACACGACAGUCGCUAUGUACUUCUGUUGUGA